CAUGUGUCUUAUUUUUACCCUGCCACUGUGCUUCCGAAUCGUGCUCAUGACGUCAAUAAUAUUGUCUCUGAUGUCACCAGUCAACGUUAAGGGUAAUAUACAAGAGACAAUGCCCUCCAGGAAAUUGAAAACUGGAACCGAAGAGAGAACCUGUCUUUGUUGCCCAUUUAUAAUAUGGGUUGAAAUUCCCGGCUACUUCCCGACUUCAACACGCACCAACUUGCUAAACAUCGCUCAGCGCACUCACGGAAAAGAAAUUGAAUUGGAGAACAAAGGGUAUUCAGACGGCCGCGGGUUCCUAAGAACAAGAGAACACACUCUGGAGUUGGCGAUAAGACUAAUGUUGUCUUUAACAUGUUUCAGAAGUUUGAGCAUGCUGGUAGUAACACUCAUAAUAUGUAAAGCAACCCACGCGUAUUAUCUGUACAAAAGGUGGAUGAGCAUACAGAAAGUUACCAGAUUAUUUUUCAAAAACCUGCAAAUCAACGGCGGCCACGAAACACCAGAAUACCGAUUUACAUCAAAGGAAACUGAACAAAUUCCUGUAACUCCCACGAAGCCGAAACUCUUACCGAGACAUUUCUUUGAACUACGAGAGAGAUUCACAUUCUUCUCGAUUAAACAAGUGCUGCCAGGAUACGAGCUAGGUCGUCAUCAUACCGCCAAGGGCGAAUCAUCCGAUGGUCAGAAAGGGGAAUACCGUUUCGAAGCCAAUCGCAUCAACAGCUUUAGGAAUUGGCCUCCAGCAUCUCCAGCCUCGUCGCUCAAACUUGCGCGAGCUGGUUUAUAUUAUUCUGGAAAGGGUGAUGAAGUAGUCUGCUUCAGUUGCGGAGGACAUUUAAAACAGUGGCAAAAAGGCAACGAUCCACAGGACAAACAUCGCCGAAGCUUCCCAAGUUGCCGUCAAGCCAAUGGCGAUGAUCCCAGGAAUGUGCCGCUGUAUGAAAGGAGCUUCGACGAAACUUUGGCAGACGGUAUGACGGAUCUAUUUCCAAAUCUCGCACGGGAGCAGAGGUCACGCGAGAGUACCGGCAGCAGCUCAUCCUCGUAUUACGGAAGGUUGGCAUCUGCUUUGGAAGCCUCUGAGUUUGGUUCGCAAGUACGUACCAAGUAUGAUUAA